AGCCGUCAAUCCUGUGAGCAGGGAGAGAGUUUAGGCAAGUGCCUUGUCUGUUGUUCCCCCUCCUUUCCUCGUUUCCUUUGCCUCUUUUACCAAGAUGGCGUCCUACCCAAAAGAUGUCAAGGACCCUACCAAAAUGGGGAAGGGUCGGGCUAUUGCUGUGCUGACGUCUGGAGGAGAUGCCCAAGGCAUGAAUGCUGCUGUCAGGGCAACAGUCAGAGUUGGCCUGUACACUGGAGCUAAGGUCUUCUUCGUCCAUGAGGGCUACCAGGGCCUGGUUGAUGGAGGGGACAACAUCCGCCCCGCUACCUGGGAGAGCGUGUCCAUGAUGCUGCAGCUGGGUGGCACCGUGAUUGGUAGUGCCCGUUGCAUGGACUUCAAGCAAAGGGAGGGGCGCCUGAAGGCUGCCGGCAACCUGGUCAAACUGGGCAUCCACAACCUCUGUGUGAUCGGAGGUGACGGUAGCCUGACUGGGGCCAACCAGUUCCGCUCAGAGUGGAAGGAGCUGCUCGUAGAUCUGGUCAAAUCUGGCAGGAUCACUGACGCGGAGGCCAAGGCCUCGACCCACCUCAACAUCGUGGGCAUGGUGGGCUCCAUCGACAACGACUUCUGCGGCACGGACAUGACUAUUGGCACAGACUCCGCCCUGCACCGCAUCAUGGAGGUGGUGGACUGCAUCACCACCACUGCCCAGAGCCACCAGAGGGCUUUCAUCAUGGAGGUGAUGGGCAGACAUUGUGGCUAUCUGGCCCUGGUCACUGCUCUGGCUUGCGGAGCCGACUGGGUGUUCAUUCCAGAGAUGCCUCCAGAUGAGGGCUGGGAGGACCAUUUGUGCAGGAGGAUGAUGGAUACCAGAAGCCGCGGUUCCCGCCUGAACAUCAUCAUCGUGGCCGAGGGGGCCAUGGACGUACAUGGCAAGCCCAUCACCUGCGACCAAAUCAAAGCACUUGUGACUAAGAGGUUGGGCUUCGACACUCGUACCACCGUCCUGGGGCACGUGCAGAGAGGUGGAACCCCCUCUGCCUUCGACAGAGUUUUGGGCAGCAGGAUGGGAGUGGAGGCCGUGAUGGCCCUGCUGGAGGCCACCCCUGAGACUCCCGCUUGUGUGGUGAGCCUGUCGGGCAACCAGGCUGUCCGUCUCCCCCUCAUGGAGUGUGUGCAAGUGACAAAGGAUGUUACCACUGCCAUGGCAGAAGGCAAAUUUGAGGAGGCUAUCAAACUCAGGGGCAAGAGCUUUGUGAAUAACUGGAACACAUACAAACUCCUGGCUCACGUGCAUCUCCCAGAUGUCAAGAGCAACAUCAACAUUGCCAUUAUCAAUGUGGGUGCCCCCUGCGCGGGCAUGAAUGCCGCUGUGCGUGCCACCGUGAGGAUGGGCAUCCUCCAGGGUCACAGCAUGUUCGCCAUCCACGAUGGCUUCGAGGGCUUGGCCCAGGGACUGAUUGAACCAAUCACAUGGAAUGAUGUGGGUGGCUGGUCAGGAAAGGGAGGCUCCUUUUUGGGCACAAAGAGAGUCAUGGCGGCAAAGAUGAUGGAGGAAAUCAGCGUCAGCAUUGCCAAGCAUAGUAUCCAUGCCCUAGUCAUCAUUGGUGGCUUUGAGGCGUACGCUGGUGGUCUGGAACUGGUGAGGGGCAGGGAGAAGUACGAGGAGCUGUGCAUCCCCAUGGUGGUUAUCCCCGCCACCGUCUCCAACAACGUGCCUGGAUCCGACUUCAGCAUCGGUGCCGACACAGCCCUCAACACAAUCACCACGACUUGUGACAGGAUUAAGCAGUCUGCUGCAGGCACCAAGCGUCGCGUCUUCAUCAUUGAGACCAUGGGCGGCAACUGUGGCUACCUGGCCACCAUGGCAGGCCUGUCGUCGGGAGCUGACGCUGCCUACAUCUACGAGGAAAAGUUUGACAUUGCUGAACUGGAGAAAAAUGUAAGGCAUCUGACAGAGAAGAUGAAGACCACAGUAAAGAGAGGUUUGAUUCUCAGGAAUGAGAGCUGUAACUCACAUUACACAACCGAUUUCAUCUACAACCUGUACUCUGAGGAGGGAAAAGGUAUCUUUGACUGCCGUAAGAACGUCCUGGGACACAUGCAGCAGGGUGGCUCCCCAACACCUUUCGACAGAAACUUUGCUACCAAGAUGGGAUGUAAGGCUGUCCUCUGGUUGACUGAAAAAAUGAAAGAGUGCUACAGACACGGCCGCAUCUUCGCCAACACUCCAAACUCUGCGUGUGUGUGUGGCAUGAGGAAGAGGGGCUUGGUGUUCAACUCCUUUUCAGACCUGGCAGCAGACGUUGAUUUUGAGCACCGUAUCCCAAAAACACAGUGGUGGCUGAAACUGAGGCCCAUUAUGAAGGUUCUGGCUCGCUACGACGUGGACUUGGACACUACAGAAAAGGCCACUCUGGAGCAUGUUGUAGGAAGAAGAUAAAUUAAUCAAAUAAAUAAUAAUAAAUGAAAAACAAAACGGGGAAGUGGUUUAUCACGACAAAAGCCGUGUUGUCAUAUUUAGGUUAUUUUGCUGACAAACUCUACUCAUAACAUUAAAUACAAGUAACUACACAUCUGCAAACUGGUUGAAAUUAAGGUAAUUUACUCUCUCUCUCCCUCUCUCUCUUCCAUAACUUUCUUGAUCUACCUCUUUAUUGUGUCCGGUCUACUCUUUUGUGUCUUGGAUAUCUUUGAACUUACUGUAUAGGCUCCAAGGACAUAGACAUUGUUCCAACAUGAUGGGCAUUCCAUCAGAGACUGGAUCCCUAGUAAUGAGAUCUGGUUGAUGAGCUGAACAGAAAUUGAGAUGAGGUUAACAUGAAUGUUGUUCAACAAUAAAACAGUCAUCUAGG